CCCUUACAUUUGAGCUUUGUUUGGCAUUUUCACAUUAAAUAACAAGUGAUAUUGCUUAUUAUUUUUCUAAAAUUGUUUCUAGUUUUUUCAAAAGUUCCUGGAGCUGGGGUGUUGAGUUGUAUUUCUAAGUAUCAAUUAAUUAGGAAUUCAAAAUAAUUUAAUGAGGUAAUCUACCAGAUAAGAUUUACUCAACAGUGUCAUAAAUGAAUUCUUCAGAUUUUUCACAGACAAGUUGCUAUCAAGAUCAAUUCUUUGUUUACCAGGUCAAUAAUCCUCAAGACAGCCCGGAGGCAGAUGCCGUUCUUGUCAGUGAAACAAUUCUUUGUGUGUGUAGGAAUUACCCUGAGGGAGCUAUUUUGUGCUUUUUGUCUGGUUGGGAUGAAAUAAUUGUUGUCCAUGACAUGUUGUCAAAUAAGAUUCAAGAUAAAUCAAAUUUCCUUGUGCUGGCUCUUCAUUCCAUGCUGCCAAUGUUCAACCAACAGGCUGUGUUUGAAAGGCCACCCAUGGGAGUCCGCAAGAUUGUGUUAGCCACUAAUAUAGCAGAGACGUCAAUAACCAUUGAUGACAUUGUCUAUGUGAUAAAUGCUGGUAACGAGAAGGAAAAAAUGUAUGAUGCAGAGAGAAAGGUUUCGUGUCUAAUGACACACUGGACAUCCCAGGCCAGUGUUGUUCAGAGGCGUGGCCGGGCUGGUCGGUGCAAGCCUGGUUUAUGUUUCAACCUCUUCACAAGAGAACAGUUUGAGCACAUGGCACCUUACCAGUCAGCUGAAAUGCAGAGGGUUUCUCUAGAGGAGAUUGUCCUGCAAACCAAGAUUCAGUGCUCAGAUCCUUGUAGGGUCCAGGAAUUUUUAUCCAAGGCUCUGGAUCCUCCAUCGCCAUUUGCUGUUCACAGUGCCAUAUCACAGUUACAAGAGAUCGGGGCUUUGGACGACAAGGAAGGUCUGACAGCUAUUGGUAAGCAUAUGGCGUUUUUGCCAGUGGAACCACGCAUAGCAAAGAUGAUUAUUUAUGGAGCUAUCUUCAGGUGCCUCGAUCCAGUGCUGACCAUUGCAGCUGGCCUCAGUUAUAAAGACCCAUUUGUAUCACCACUGAAAUGGCGGGAACAGGCGGAUCAGUCUCGCAAACACUUCGCUGGUGACAGCAGAAGUGACCACGUAACCGUACUGAAUGCUUAUAAUGGCUGGACAGAGGCCAUGAGUCGUUCACAAGGCAAAGAGUUUGUUCAACAGCGGUUUCUUCACUGGGGUACACUUAACAUGAUCCGCGGUAUGCGUGAUCAAUUUAGUCGACUGUUAGAGGACUCAGGCUUAGUUCCCAGCACCAACAGUGGUGGCGCGGUGAAUAAUUUCUCUGGGAACAUGGAACUGGUAAAGGCCAUUCUGUGCGCUGGUCUGUUUCCUAAUGCUGUCAAAGUCGGCCUUGGCUUGGAGUCGAAAGGGCGGGGUGGAAAGAAGCGAGUUAGGGUGGCUUUUCGAACCAAAUCUGAUGGACGAGUGGCUUUGCAUCCGUCCUCAGUGAACUCUGACGAGAAACAGUUUAUCAGUCAGUGGCUUGUGUAUCACGACAAGGUCAAGUCCACACAAGUCUUCAUCCGGGACAGUAGCAUGGUUCACCCGGUAGCUUUAAUAUGCUUUUCUGGAAAGGACGUGCGUGAAAUGCAUCAUGGUCCCACACCUUCAGCCCCACAACCUUUCGUUACUUUGGCUGUGGAUGGAGACCGCUGGAUGGCAUUCCACUGCUCACCAAGACUGGCUCGAGUACUGCAGGCCAUCAGGGGAGAGAUCAACAAGAUGAUAGCCUGCAGUAUAUCAGCGGCGUCGAGAAAUAACACGCUAUUUCACUACCACAGCAAGUUAAUCGAGACUAUAAACUUACUGCUUACCUUGCCUGUUCAACAGCCUCUACCCACAACUCCCUGGUAGCACCGCCAUGACUGACCUUCGAGAAACACAAAACUUUUGACAGUUUAGUCUCGCGGUGUGCGUUGUUGAGAACGCUCGAAUGCGCGCAUGUUUUUGGUUUUAAUCGGCGUACAAAAUGUAUUUGGAAAUAGUAAAACGCAGAACUAGGAAAUUAUUCAUCAGUGUGGUUUUACGAAUCAGGACACUGGUACAAGAAAAGAUUGUUAUACGGCCAGAAAUACGACAAUAUAAGACAUAUAAGCUCUUAGGCGUCUUGCAGGUGCCAACUUAGUACACUAAGCUAAUGCCCCGACUCACAGGAAGUCACUGAGCUGGAGAUUAUGAAAGCUAGCUAACCUGUAGAAACCUCAAUCUGUGGUUAACACUGAAAAAAUAAAAAUUAAGAAUACGAAUUUUGACCCUCCAGCCUCGUUUUCCAAUUCCUGACAUCAGUAAAGAUAUUUAGAAAGUG